AUGGUGUUCAUUACUGAAGAUAACAUCAAGCAGUUAGGAACUAUGAUAGAAAAAACUGAUGAACCACUAAAGAAGACUUUCCAGAAUAUACAUCAAGGGUACCCCACUGAGAGUUUGGUGAGAUUUCUGAAAGCAAGGGAUGGGAAUGUCUCCAAUGCGUAUAAAAUGCUCAUUGAUUGCUUGAACUGGAGGAUACAAAAUGAAAUUGAUAACAUAUUGGCUAAGCCAAUUAUCCCUGCUGAGUUGUACAGAGCAAUACGGGAUUCUCAGCUUGUAGGAUUUUCUGGAUACUCAAAAGAGGGUCUUCCUGUCAUUGCCAUCGGUGUAGGGCUCAGCACAUUCGACAAAGCAUCUAUUCACUACUAUGUCCAGUCACACAUCCAAAUGAAUGAAUACAGAGAUCGUGUGAUUUUACCUUCCACAACAAAAAGAUUUGGGCGAUACAUUGGCACUUGCAUAAAGAUUUUGGACAUGACUGGUUUAAAGUUUUCUGCACUGAGUCAAAUUAAGUUAUUGUCUGUAAUAUCUACCAUUGAUGAUCUUAACUAUCCCGAGAAGACGGAGACUUAUUUCAUAGUUAACGCCCCAUAUAUAUUCUCAGCAUGUUGGAAGAUUGUGAAACCUCUUUUGCAAGAGAGAACAAGGAAGAAAGUGAAGGUUCUUUCAGGCUCUGGAAGAGAUGAAUUAUUGAAGAUUAUGGAUUAUGAUUCUCUCCCACAUUUUUGUAGAAGAGAAGGAUCAGGAUCAUCUCGGCAUUCUAAGAAUGGAACAGUUGGUGAUUGUUUUUCCCUUGAUCACACCUUCCAUCAGGAACUAUACAGCUAUAUUAAGGAGCAAUCUGCACUCAGGAAGCCUGCUGCACCAGUGAAACAGGGUUCAUUUCACGUGGAUUUUCCUGAGACUUCUCUAGAAGAUGUCAAAAUUGCUGAAACUAUUGAAACUGAAUUUCAGAGACUUGGGGAUCAAAAUGGGCUUUCUCAUUCUUUACACUAG